CUUGAGAGCUCCGACACUUUGACUCAGUAGAUAACUGCAGUUCAUUUCGUUUGGACUCCCAAGUGCACCGACCACCUGCCGCAAGAUUGUUACUGCCUGAUGAAUAAGUAUCUCCUCACACACGUCGGGGUCUAUAAAGCAGUUUGUCCCCUUAGUUGGAGCCAUUCUCGAUGUGUGUGUCGGCGAUGAGGACCGGUGCCGCUCUGCUCUCUCUCUGGUUUUGGGUCAGCGCUGGCAUCGACGCUGCUCAAACAGCUCCAAAGUGUGGGGCCCCUCAGGCGUGGAGCCCGAUGGUUCAGUCUCUGAGGGUGGUUGGGGGGGCCGAGGCCACAUACGGGUCGCACCCAUGGCUGGUUUCCCUGAAGAACAAGGGCUCUCAUUUCUGUGGCGGGGCCAUCCUGACUGACCGCUGGAUCCUGACCGCUGCACACUGCUUUGCAUCCCUCUCAAAGGAGUUUCUCAGUGGUGUGAGAGUGGUGGCGGGAGACUUUGACCAGAGAGUGGAUGAUGAAGAGGAGCAAGUCCUUCUGAUCAAGUCUGCAUCCGCCCACGAGAAGUACCAUCAUUCUGUGCCCAUGAGCUACGACAUAGCUCUGCUGGAGUUGGACCAGCGCAUUCGAUUCGGAGCUCGAGUCCGGCCAAUAUGUCUGCCUUUGCCUGAUGAGAACAUCCCACCUGAAACCAACUGCAUUGUGGGUGGAUGGGGCAGGGUGAAGGAAAAGGGUCGUCUCCCUGCUGUGCUCAGAGAGGUCCGGUUGGACUUGUUGGACCCGGCCAGAUGUAAACAUGUCCUCCAGACCGUCAAAAGCUCUCUUCUUAGCCAGAGACCUGCGAGGCCCCUGCCAGCCAUGACAGUCCUGUGUGCCGGGCCAGAGAGAGGGGGAAGAGACGCCUGCCAGGGGGACUCGGGGGGUCCCCUGGUAUGUCCGGCAGGUUCAGGCGGCGGUCACUGGGUAGCGCUGGGCGUAACCUCCUGGGGGAAGGGAUGCGGUCGGAGCUGGAGAAACAACAGCAGCCGCCCCCCCUCCAGAAGAGGCUCUCCGGGGGUUUUCACUGAUGUCAGGCUGCUGCUGCCCUGGAUCAAGCGUAAACUGAGAGAGGCUGAUGAGCAGCAGCAGCAGCAGCAGCGAUCGACUUUAUCAAACCUCUGCAGUGUGAGAGAUGGACCUGUAACUGACAGAGAGGACGUCAUCAGAAACCCCGCCCACCCUGGUGAUCUCUAUGACAACAACCAGCUGUGUGUGUGGAGCAUCAGUGUCCCUCCAGGUUACAGUAUUCUCUUGGAGUUUGAUCAAUUUCACGUGGAGAAUGACUCGUACUGCCGCUAUGAUCGACUCACUGUUUCGGCCGAGAGCCACAGGCCUGUUGGGAUUUUCUGUGGGAGUGUCCCUCCAGGCCCAGUGCUACUAAAUAAUUCCCAGGCUGCAACACUUCUCUUCUCCUCUGACAUUAACCGAUCAGGAAGUGGCUUUGUCAUUAGGCAUCGUGCUGUCAGGGGACUCUCUGAUCCUGAGUGCGGGGCUGUCGUUCUCGUGGAGGGUCAGACUGCCAUCCACAGCCCAAAUUACCCACAGUUCUACAGUAACGACUGUGUCCUACGCUGGGUCGUCUACGCUCCACGCGGUCACGUUGUGAAGCUUGACUUUGCAGACUUUUCCCUGGAAGAGUCAGACAGAUGCGCGUAUGAUUCCCUCACCGUCCUCGGUGACGUGGAAGGAAGAGACGUAAUCGCCGUGCUGUGCGAUGGCGGCGUUCCUCCUCCUGUCCUGUCCUACCGCAGCGUCAUGGUGCUUCAGUUCACGUCAGACAGCAGCAUCACACACAGAGGCUUCAGCGCCACGCUUACAUUCAUCAGCCAUACAGACCUGCAUGGCCGGAACGCGACCGAUGCGGAGAGCCGAAGAGACGGCCUGAGAGGUCACCGGGGACACGUGGCGUCGUAUGUGAACUUGGAUGUAGCAGACCCAGUUAUGCAGGAGUCAAGCAGCAGAGCUCUGUCCCAUCGGGGCGACGUGCACCCUGAGACCUCGGAGGAUCCCAGACUGCUUAUGGAAAUGGGCUCAGACGAUGAAGACUACAGCGGAGAAUCCACAGGGAGUGGGUGGUGACAUACUGGAGCGGCCUCUGGACAAAAAUACAUCUCCAUAUGUGUAAUAUUCAUUAUACUGCUUUGGUCUUGACUGAACAUCUCAACAACUACUGGAUGUAUUACCGCGUAUUGUUCGUACAUUCACACAUUCUGAUCAUAGAUUCAGUUUGAUAAAGGUCAAGUGUGAUGGAUUCAGGGCCAGAGAUGGAAUAUAGUAUUCAUUAUCAGCUUUUCAUGAGUCUGUUAUAUCCUGCAUUUAAUAAUUACUGUGUGUUCGUUUUCUCAGAAUGAGCCUUAUUGUAUCUUCAUACCUUCUUUUGUAGAGUCCACCAUGUUUCAGAAUAGACAAGUCAGACACCUGUUCCCCUUGUUAUUUCUUGAUUUUCUGACCAGUGAUGUCACAUGAAACCGAAUGCAAAAUCAAAACAAUUCACUGAGAUGAUAUUAAAUAAAUGAAACAAUGUGACUUACAGUUUCUGCAAUAUGAAAUAAUCUAACUCGACCUUUUUAAGGGACUGAAUUAGUUUAUUUAUGAAUUUAUAUUUGUUCUCAUUAUCAUUUUGAUGUCGGUCUGUCACCUCCACUUUGUUUCCAUUAUCAUCGCUGAAAUAUCUCAACAACUAUUCCCUCGUCCCCAAAAGGUUGAAACUACAAAACCACAUGUGUGGAUUUGAGUGAAAUGUCUUGACAUCUUUCUGAUGGAUUGAAAUUAAUUGAAUUUCUGAUAAACCUUUAAGCAUAUAUCUAGUGCUAGCAUCAGGACAACAUUUCAAUGUGACCAAUAUGAUCGGAGAUCUGCAGACCUAAUCGCCAUCACAGUAUACUCUGUGUUUAGUGCUCGUUGGCAAGUGUUAGCACGCAAAGAUGGUAGAUACAGUAAACAUACCUACAGUACAUGUUCACAUUGUCAUUGUUAGCAUGUUAGCAUGUAUUUAUACCCUCACAGCUGCAAAAGUGCAUGAACCCUUUACAUCUGUAAACAAAACUGGUAUCAAUCAAUUGAAAGAUAUGGCUUUUCUAAAAUAUUCAAAACACUCUAUAUUGUACUUGUAAGCAGUGUUAAUUCAUGUAAUGGGGGGGUUGGUGUAUAAACACAUAUAUCUUCAUAUUUGCUGACAAAUAGCACACAUUAACCUAUAGUUAUAAACCAUUUACUAAAUGUCUGUACACUGUUCAUAUAUGUGGACUUACAGUAAGUUGUUCUUUCUUUACACUAUGAGAGGUGUCCUAUGUUUUACAUGUUUGUAGUUGCUUACAUCAUUUAUGUAAAGUACUUUGUUCCUUAUUAAAGGCUAUUAUAGAUAAAGUUUA